AUGGCACAGCUUAUAAUCAACCGAGUCUUUAAACCCUCAGUCUGCAAAAACAUCCUCAGACACACAAACGUUCGUAUGUUCUCAUCUACAACACACUUCUCAUCUCAACCAGCCUACCCGUUUCUAUUGAUUGACUACAUCCUUAACUUCCCACAGGAUGGUCGUGUAAUAACAUGCAUUUCACCCUAUAAGGCAAACGAAGUCCGUAUUCACGACAAGGAACUCAUUAAGGAGGUCUGUGAUGCCAUGACUGUCGGAUUCUCACGUGAUGGAUUAGGAUACCGCUUAUCGUGGAAUCGAGUUGUCAUCACUUAUAAUCCCUCCGACCCUGAACUAGACGACGUGACCGUUGAUCUACCUUCUCUACCCACCUUUACCAAGAUCCAUAACCUAACCAUGUCCUCUUUACCUGUCCGAGAUAAAGAUUGGGUCGUGGGUGUCAAGUUAUCAGGAUCUAGGAUAAGUCUCUGUAGGCCUUAUGGUAGUUCUAAGUGGAUCAACAUCAAAGCCAAGUGUAUAAACCCUAACUCGACCUUAAUGUUCUCCAAGACAGAUCAAAGGUUCUACAUUCCAGGUCUUGGUGGCAACUUCUUGUGCUAUUUGGAUCUCAACUCUAAGGAGAAUGACCAAACCAAGUUCAUCGAAAUGCAGUUUGACAAACUUCCAAAGUCUGUGUUUGAGAAGGUUGCCAACUUGAGUUCAUGUUCCAAGACAGACCAUCUUGUGGAGUCACCCACCGGUCAACUUUUCCUCGUCAAGUGGUACGGUGCUGACAUGGAGAACUAUGAAAGCAAAACACUGCAGCAUGUAACAGAAAAGUUCACGGUGUUUAGAGCAAAUGAGAAAUCGGAAAAAUGUUAUAAGACUAUGACAUACACAGAAGAUAUUGGAGAUCUUUGCAUUUUCGUUGGACAUAGUGAGGCUUUCUGUGUUCUGGCUAGUUCGUCUCGUGGACUCAAGCCUAACUGCAUCUAUUUUGUUGGCCGUAACUUUGGUGUUUAUGAUCUCACCACCGGAACGUGCACGCACUUCUUAACAGAAGAAGAAGUUCCAAUAAAGAACUCGCGCUUCCCUUACUGGCCUUGUCCAUCGGCUCUCUACUAG